AACGAGCGGUGCUGAUGCAGAGCCGCGCGUGAGAGGAGCGUGUUGAGUUACUACUGCUACUUCUCCAGCAUCAGAGGUAUAAUCUAAACCUUCAAGGUUGGCAGUGCAAUGGCGUCCUCUGGAGACAUUCAGGUUAAAGAGCUGGACAAGCGUGCCUCAGGACAGGCAUUUGAGGUCAUUCUGAGCCCCACUGCACCAGAUGCUAAAGGAGAAUUUCCUGUGUCCACCCCAAAAAAGAAGGAGGUGUCUUUGGAUGAGAUUCAAAAGAAACUGGAAGCAGCAGAGGAAAGACGCAAGAAUCACGAGGCAGAGGUGCUGAAGCACUUGGCUGGGAAGCGAGAGCACGAGAAGGAGGUUCUACAGAAAGCGAUGGAGGAGAACAACAACUUUAGCAAGAUGGCAGAGGAGAAACUCAACCAAAAAAUGGAAGCAAACAAAGAAAACAAAACAAAACAGAUGGCAGCACUGAACGAGAAAUUUAAGGAGAAGGACAAGAAACUUGAAGAAGUCAGAAAGAACAAGGAGACAAAAGAUGACGGCGAGGCUGAGGGAAACUGAUUUAUUUUCAUCUAUUUAAUUUUUGUCCUAGCUAUACUCCAUUUCUAGGGAAGUUAUUUGUUUUUUUAAGUACCCAAAGAUUUUAGUUUUAUUAUUAAGCCUGUAUUAUGUGCAUAGACUGUAUAUGUAGUAGACAGUGUGGGUGCACAGAUUCCACUUGUGCUGUUAAGAAGCCAACAUUUGGCUAAACUAAAAAGCCCAGCCAUAAUUAUUUGGCAUUUUACCUCAUGUUAAAAGUGCACACUGAAGUGCUUUGUGCAGGAGUGUGCUUGAUGCCACGAAAAUUGCAAGUGAGGUUACUUAAACUCGAUCCACCUGACCCACCAACCCCAUAGGCCAAAAAUGAUUGAGAUAUGCAAACUGUUCUACAGCCAGCCACUAAUGGUUACACAUUCAAUUAAUUACAAAUUACAACUGUUGUAAUCUGUCUACCACGUAUACAGUCUAUGUGUAUGUGUUUUACUUGUGUUAACACUUUUUUAUUCUAAGGUUUGGGAAGAAUCUCCUCAUGUUUGACUCUUUUUAUCCCCAUCACAUGUAAAACUGUCUACUUGCAGCUUCUGACCUGUAAAUUAAGCCGUGUUUUACCCUUAUGGAAAGCAUGUCUGUAUUAAAUAUAGGUCUGUAGCUUUGUCUGUUGUGCAGCAUUGUGCAAGCUGACCUGUACCUGUGCAUGUAAAAACUGCAUCUCUGAGCUUAAUAAAGUUGCACAGUUGUUUGUUAUGGUAACAGUUUUAGAUCAGAUCUGCCCUUUUUGGUAGAUGUUCCAUCUAAGAACAAAAGAUAUCGGUCUGUUAGUCUGUAUAACACUGACCAUCUGGUUAAUUAUGCACACUUAACAUUACCUUUAUUUCUGGUAAAGUUGACCAAGUUUUGAUAAACACAGAAUCAUACUAAUAGCACAUAGCAGACGUAAACAUGUAUUUACUGUGUGAUCUGUCUUUGAUACCCAUAACCAUGUUUUAAAAGGGGAGAAUAAAUACAUUCGUUUAUAUACUGUGUGUUAGACCAUGUUGGAGAGUAAAAUCGAGUGUUUCCAGGGUUGCCAGAUUGCGUAUUUAAUUUUUUAAAUAAUUUUUUUCCCCACUCCCCCCCAAAUUUUCUCCCCUAAUCUAGUCGUGUCCAAUUACCCUGAUUGCGUCCUCUAUACUGAUUCGACCCUUCACCGCUGACUGAGGAUGCCUCUCAACUGACUCUGGCACGUACAGUCAGUACAGACUGCAUUUUUCACCUGCACGAGUCGAGUUUAUACACAGACAGGCACUGUGUACGGAGGGCCACACCCCCAUCAGCAUUAUUCUUUAGCCCUGUGCAGGCGCCAUCAGUCAGCCAGCAGGGGCCGCAGUCGCACCAGUUAUGAGGACCUAUGAUCCGACUUUUUAACCCUUUACCCAACCCAGUAGGAAGGCAGAGCUGAGAUUCGAUACGAUGUGUUCGAAACCCCAACUCUGGUGCGCUAGCGUACUUUACCACUGCGCCACCUGAGCGGCCAGAUUGCGUAUUUUAAAGUCCGCCAAAAUGCAUGGAAAACCUCCCGAUGAUCAGCGUUUGAACAAUAUUAAACCAGUUAAACAUGGCCUACUAUUGCUGAUAUCUUACAAAUGAGCGAUUAUAAAUCAUGAGUGGCAUUUAAAAUAUUUUUAUUUGCAGUGUCUUGACACUUUAAAACGUGGCAAUGACCCUGCCACUUUCAAAUAAAAUCCCCUCAAUCUGGCAACACUGUCUGUUUCGUAUGUGCUGACAUCUAGUGGCACAUUUAACGCUACAGCACUUUUCAUUCUACAUGAUCUGCAACUGCAACAUGCUGAAAUAAUGAUUUGAAAUCAGCUUAAACCCAUGCAAAGCAAAUGCUGCACAUCAUGCGUUCAUCUCAUUAACAUGGAGCAUAAUUAAUCACAUGUUACCACAAUGUCAAUGCUGUCUCCUUUUGAGAAUGAAGGAAUGUAUGCUAAUUAUUUUAACAUCAUUUAACAUGAGCAAUCUGGUCAGUUCUGAUGUUUUGUUAAUUUUCUAAGUAAAACACUCUUUACUGUGAACAAACCUAUGCACAGCUACUGUUAUUUAAUACAUUUAGGGAAUCAAUGGAAAUGCACUAAGGUAAGUUUGUCUUGUAGAGAGUGAUUAUUUGUAUUUAGAAAAUUGCCAAAACAUGUUAUUUUAACAGAGGUGUGCAAACUUUCUCAAAAGACUUCCAAAACCAUAACCUCAACACAUCUCCGAUGUCUUUUCCAUGUGCAGUUAUGACUGCAAUGAUAUUACAUUCCUUAAAUGUUUGCAUAACCACUUAGGCCUUUUAACUUUGAUAAGUUUUUGCACUUGGUAAUGUUAAAAAAAUAAUCCUUUGUAAUGUCAUGUACUCAGUGUGAUUUCUAGAAUCAUCAAUUUCAGCAUGAAAAAUUUAAAAUGAUUUUGAUGUUGAAUUAAAGUGUUUGCAUGUG